UAAGUAGUCGGCAUUCUUAUCGGUGGUGGUGGCCACUCGAGCCGAGAAUAAAUUGUUCACAGAGAAAUUUUCUCUAGAAAAUCUGCAAGAAAAUUUUCGAGCAAGAACCGGAGAGAUGUUUGGGUACACGGGCGUGAGUAACAAGGGUGGAGAAGUAGAUCUAGAAUCAGGGGAGACCCUGUACCCAGGUUUGAGCUAUGGCGAAAAUCAGCUUCGAUGGGGUUUCAUUCGUAAGGUUUACGGAAUCCUCGCGGCGCAGAUCGUGCUCACCACCAUCGUCUCCUCUGUCACCGUUUUGUACGCUCCGAUCAACGAUCUUCUCCGGGGAAAUUCUGGCCUUCUUUUGUUCCUUUGCUUCCUUCCCCUAUUCUUACUAUGGCCCAUGUACAUUUAUAGGCAGAAGCACCCUCUGAACCUCGUCUUCCUCGGACUUUUUACGACUACACUUAGCCUCACAGUUGGCGUUAGCUGUGCUAACACCGAUGGAAGGAUAGUGCUUGAAGCACUAAUUUUGACCUCAGCAGUAGUUUCUUCCUUAACCGGGUACACCUUCUGGGCCUCAAAGAAGGGCAAGGACUUCAGCUAUCUUGGACCAUUCUUGUUUACUUCCCUAAUGGUCCUCGUCCUUACCAGCUUCAUUCAGGCAUUCUUCCCUCUCGGUCCUACUUCCACUGCCGUUUACGGUGGAAUUGGAGCGAUAAUUUUCUCGGGGUACAUUAUAUAUGAUACAGACAAUCUGAUCAAGCGCUUCACAUAUGAUGAAUACAUAUGGGCUGCCAUAACUCUUUAUCUGGAUAUCCUGAACUUGUUCCUGACCAUUUUGCGGAUGCUGAGACAGGGAGACAAUUAGGUGGACAGAGUUUUCUCUACCUGAACUCAGGCUUCCAGCAUGCGGUUGCUUUAUUAUAUAAAUGCUUAAAAAUAACUGUUGGUGAAAUAGUACAUAAUACUCUGAACAACGUUCUUGUUUGCUUUUAGUUUUUAUUCUGACUGAAUGAAGUUUGAUAUUUUAGUUCAAUGUGUUCA